CCCUUCUUCUUCUUCUUCUCUCGGAGGAGCUCCGGCGAUAAUUCCAGAGCUUCGACCGCCGGAAGCAAGCGAGGAUGGGCGGCGGCGGCGGCGGGAGGGACGGGCAGGAGGAGUACCUGUUCAAGAUAGUGAUCAUCGGGGACUCGGCGGUGGGCAAGUCGAACCUGCUGUCGCGGUACGCGCGGGGGGAGUUCGACCUGCACUCCAAGGCCACCGUCGGGGUGGAGUUCCAGACCCAGUGCCUCGAGAUCGACGGCAAGGAGGUGAAGGCCCAGAUUUGGGACACCGCCGGUCAGGAGCGGUUCCGCGCCGUCACCUCCGCCUACUACCGCGGCGCGUUCGGCGCCCUCCUCGUCUACGACAUCAGUCGCCGCAGCACCUUCGACAGCGUCUCCCGAUGGCUCGACGAGCUCAAUUCUCAUUCGGAUACAACUGUGGUGAAGAUGUUGGUGGGGAACAAACGCGAUUUGGAGGACAUCAGGGACGUGAGCGUGGAAGAAGGCAAGAACUUGGCAGAGGCGGAAGGUCUCUUUUUCAUCGAGACGUCUGCUUUCGAUUCCACGAACGUCCACAAAGCUUUCGAGAUCGUUAUCCGGGAAAUCUACGACAACGUCAGCAGAAAAGUGUUGAGCUCCGAUUCUUACAAAGUCAAUUUGGAGUCAAAUGGGGUAAGCCUUGUGGAUGGGAACAGCUCGAGAAAAGCAUGGAGCAAGUACUCAUGCUGUUCAGUCUAGACCUUGUCCCGCUAUUUCAAGGCAUUGGUAUGACUAAAUACCUCGCACUUACCCUCUCAAUCAUCAAAUCGGUGAGUUUGUGUUAAAGUGAUUCUAUACUAUAGUUUACCAAAUUUUCUCCUAUACUGAUUUGAGCAAAACAUGUCUUUUGGUUUUCCUUUGUUAGACAUAGAUAUAGUUACCUUUCUCCUUGUUUGAGACUGAGAUGUAGAUAAAUAGUUCCGAAAAAAAAAUGGCAAUGUAGAAAGAUAGUUGGGCAGUGAAGUCAGUUUUAUCUCCUCUUGUUGGUCUCCCUCUAGUGCCAUUGCUGAUUUUUUCACCUUCCUGUUAUAAGCUGUGAUGAAGGACUGCAGUUGUUUUCAUAUCCACUGGCGUGUUGUAAUCUUUAAUCGACUUCGUAUAAUUGGUGACAUUCACUCUGCUUUGGAUCAUGAUGUUA